AUGCUCAUCCGGUCUCUCUGGUGCUUGCUACUGGAUAGGAUGGGAAUGAUCGAGAAUCGUCUCUCCUUACCCUCGACAUCAGGACUUAAGUGUCCGGAGUCAGCCCCUGCAUUAGUGUCUGGAAAUCGGAAAGCGAUAAUGGCAAUCAAGCAUCGAGUACUAGCGACGGUACAGUACUCCGUGAAGAAGAACCCUGUACAGAGUACCGAGUCAGAAUACGAAGUCCAGCUACAGACUAAUCAUUAUGGGGCCCAGCCCCACGACGCGGGACAGCAUGCAGAUUCAGGUGAAGAUGAGAAGCGUUCAUAUCACGAGUGGGAUGAAAUCUGGGGCUGA